UAAUCUGACAAAAUCAUGGGCAGUAAGAACUCACAGCCUCUCCAAAAGCAAACCAUACAAAUAAAAAUGAAUCACCUAUUCCCCAAUGAAAAUUUUAAAAAUGCUGGAUAUGCUCAAAACUUUAAAAAAGGUAGUUGUGUUCUGGACCUCUCCAAGUGUCUUUUCAUUCAGGGAAAACUGUUGUUUGCUGAGCCCAAGGAUGCGGGCUUUCCAUUUAGCCAGGCUAUCAAUAGCCAUUUGGCCAGUCUCUCAAUGGUUAGAAACACGGGCCCCACACCAGACCCCACUGUUAGAGAGGCUUUGUGUGCCACGGAUAACUUAAAUGCCAGCAUUGAAAGUGAGGGCCAGAUUAAGAUGUACAUCAAUGAAGUGUGUCAGGAGACUGUGUCACGUUGCAGCAACUCAUUUCUGCAGCAGGCCGGAUUAAAUUUGUUAAUAAGCAUGACAGUUAUUAAUAACAUGCUUGCCAAGUCCGUUUCAGACUUGAAGUUUCCUUUGAUAUCAGAGGGAAGUGGAUAUGCUAAGGUUCAGGUUUUGAAACCACUGAUGGGUUUGUCUGAAAAGCCAGUCUUGGCGGGGGAGUUAGUCGGUGCCCAGAUGCUCUUCUCAUUCAUGUCCCUCUUUAUCAGAAAAGGAAACAGAGAGAUUCUCCCGGAAACCCCUGCCCCAUAAACGGCCCUCUGGAACACAAUGGGACGGAAUCCACCCACAACGCGCUUGGUUUGCAGAUGUCAAAGAAUCUGCAGAGGGUGCUACUGAAGAUCCAGCCUUAGCCAAUCACCACCUCAUUGGGUGAAAGUUCCAGGGCUCAAUCCAGGACCACACUCUUAUUGGCCAGGCAGGGGCUCCCACAGAGCUUUGAGUAACUUGUUGGUUGUGCAGUCUGCAGGCAAUGUUGGCACUGUAAAUUCCUCCCUUGCAGCCUCCUUCAUGUGGUGAGGGGAUCACUUCAGCUGCCUGCUGUGGACAAAGAACAUCAAAUUACAGCUAUUGUUGCCUGUGGUGGUCUCCCUGUCCAAGCAGGACCGCUUUGCAGAGACCAGACGCAUAUCGCAGCUUGAGCUGAAAAUGCAUUUGUUGCAGCUUAGGUUGAAUUAUUUUUCGUUUACUCUUUCUUCUACACGCGCCUGAUGGAUAGUGAACCUAUUCAUCAAAAAAGUGCACUGCUCUUCUGUCUAUUGUACCGACUUAACCUCUUCCACCCAAGUCCGCAUCUGUGUGUAUCAUCAAUAAAGUUGUGUGCUUUGAUUGGCAGAAAAGA